GCCAGGAUUAAGCGGAUUUGAAAGUGAACAUUUAGGGUUGUUUGAGGUGAACAGAAAGCUGUUAUUGGACGUUGUCGUAAGGACACUAACUACCUCAGAAGAUGCAUUUUUGUGGACUACUCUACAACUGCCUCUCUGAAACGCAUCGAUAGAAUGAGUCAAGACAAUACAAGGAUAGAAAAGAACCUGGACUUUGGCUUUUCAGGCAAGGCGUAUGGGUCCUCGAGGAGUAUUGUGAGAAGAAUAGCCACCAAUCUUCCCCUUAAACCAUGCCCCAGGGUCCAUUUUCAGCUCAAUCCUUACACUGAAGGUGGUAGUGUCCUGAACAGUGCUGGGAGACAGAAUGGACUGGUUGCCUCUUUGGCUGAUGUCGUCUGGAUCGACAGGGAAGAGGAGGAAGAUGAAAAUGACUGGUUUGGAUUUGGUAGACCGAGGUCAGAAGCACCGUCAGGGCUCAUGUUCCGUUCUCACCCGCCUCAGCCCAAUCAACAACSUUUGCCCAGACGUAGAUCAUUACCCAGCCUGCACCAGGCCGAGCCAGAGCCCCAGGGUCAAACCCGCAGCAACGAUGAGGCCAUUCAGAAGAUCAGUGCUCUGGAGACGGAGCUGGCCAAACUCAGAGCCCAGAUCGCACAGAUAGUACUGACCCAAGAGCAGAACGCACAGACACCAGCCCCAGGUGGUCCUCCUGCCCCAGGUCGCCCUCCACCACCCUGCGCCCCUCCACCUCCACCUCCCCCUCCUCCACCCCCACUCAUGGGAUUCCAGCGGAGCUUCUCAGUCAUUGGCCUCAUCCAGGAGCGCCGUGGGAAGAAGACAGACGGCCAGACACUGCUGGACCAGGGGCCCAAGCAGGCAGAGGUCCCCAACAUGCUGGAUGUGCUUAAAGACAUCUGCAAAGUCAAGCUGCGCCCCGCUAAGAGCCGGCCAGAGGAGAGCCAAGCCAAGCCUAGUGAGCCCACAGAUGCUGCGUCUCUCAUCGCUAAUGCCUUGAAGCGCAAGUUUGCCCAUCGCUAUCGCCACAGCAGCAAUGAGGACAAGGAGUUUGACUUCCCAGCCUCUGAACUGAAACCUUUCUGUUCUGAAUUCCCCAAGACCGACAAAGUAGAGGUUCCCCUGGUAAGGCAGUACCGGUUGAAAACCCCAGCCCCUGUAGUGAAACUACACCCAGAGACACCCUUGUUUGGGCAGCACAUGUUGAAAUCUACUGGCCAGAGAAAGCUCCUCUGAGCACCCACAGAGAUGGUUUGAGUUCUGGACCUCCAGACACCCAUGGACACUUAAGUGCCUUAUCAACCUGUUUGUCACCGGUCUCUGUGGAUGGCCAUGUUGUUUCUGACUAGAUAUGCAAUCAAUCUACUCACCAACAGUAUUGCCUCAGUCUUCAGUUCUUGCACUUUGAUAACAUACCGUAUGUAAUAUAUAUAUUUGUUUUACUUUUGUUUCAUUUAAAUGUCUUAUUUUUGUUAAAUUGAUGCCAGUUUUGAAGUCUUCGAUCUUAAAUUAGGACGGUCCAAGAUUGGUUGUCAGAUUUUCUUUUAAUGUAGAUUCUUGUACCACAACUAAAUUCCAAUGACGUGUUCUGGAUAUAGUCUAACACUACAAAAUCCUAACAUUCCUCUCAACUGACAACUGACAAUAACUACAUGUAUUAAAGGGAAUUUAUGGGAUUGAACUGUUUCUAAGUGCACAGAGACAAAGGCUUAUCCAUGCCCUUUUCAAGGCAGUUUUAUUUAUUUUUGCCUCACUGGCUACUUCUUACUAGGGAUAGAGAUGUAUGCAGAGAAGAGGGAUCAUUUUUGUAAAUUGCAUCCUAGUCAAUACUUGUCAAGUUGUAGUUGCUACCAAUUAUCAAAGCGUCCAUGGUUGAUUUAAUUGUAUUUCAUCUUGUACUGGGACCAGUUCUGUACCUCACUAUGCAGAGUGGACCAAACUUACACUAAUAAUCUACGUCAUUUUAUUCAUUACUGGGCAAGAGGAUGUUUUAGUUCCAAUCGGUGUGUAUUCCAGAUCCAUGACAAGCCCAUUUUCAUCCUGAGGUAAUCUACUCCCUCUUUUUAAACCACAGAAAAUGUUUUCAUAUUAUAUUAAGGGAAACAUGUUAGUUUCAUACCAUAACCAGUUCCACUGAUGGUAAACAAUUGAAGACAUUGGCCAGUUUAUUUCAGUGACAUACUAAGCUUUGAACCUUUGCAUGGUGCGAGUAUGGACAACUGUCAGUAAUACUUGAUUUAAAACCCUAACUCAAACAUAGGGAUUGUGUGAGGGGAAAUGUCAUCCACAUUUGACAAACUUAGAAUCAAAUGUAUGAAUAAAACCAAUGAAACUCUG